AUGUGUGAACCAAGAAAACCACAUUUACAGGCUGGUAUUCACGUGGUGAAAUAUUUGGUUGGUACAAUUGAUUGGGGUUUAUACUACCCUGUUGACUCUGAAUUGAAGUUAAUCUCAUUUUGUGAUUUAGAUUGGGGCAACUAUGCCUUUAGUUCAAGAUCUCUUUCUGGACACUGUGUUUUUCUGGGGAAAUCAUUGGUAUCUUGGAAGACAAAGAAGCAAAAGAUUGUAUCAAAGUCAUUAACAGAAGCAAAAUAUAGGUGUAUGACACAAACAAUAAGUGAGCUUUUUUGGUUGAAUGGAGUACUAGAAGAUUUGGGGUUCACUAUGCCUAAGCCUAUUGAUCUGUUAUGUGACAACAUAUCAGCAAUUCACCUGGCACAUAAUCCUAUUUUUCAUGAAGAACAAAACUUUUGA